GUAAAGUAUGUGUACAGAACUUCACCGCAAAUGUUUUAAGACAAGUGAACGUUUUAUGACAAGUACAUCUGAAAGAAGUUCAGCAAGGAAUAAUAUUCAGCACACCUUGAAAAACUGUGCCCAUAAGUGCCAAGCAAAUUUGAAAAGGAACUAGCUGGGAGUCUAUACAUAGAUAAAGAGUCUAUUCUUCUGCAGUUUCACUGAUUAAAUAUAAAGACAAAUACAACAUCAGCAGAAUAACUACAGACCCUGGUGCUUCUUACAUAUUUGUGUUACGGUCCUCAGAACUGAUACUUUACUUAGCCUGUUUAGGACUCCUUUAAUUGUAUAUACAAUAAAACCGAGUAGCACUGUGUUGCUGUUAUUCACUAAAAUAAUUGAAUGUUAAGACAUUUGCCAAAAUGAGUGCAGAAGGAUACCAGUACAGAGCUUUAUACGAUUACAAAAAAGAACGAGAAGAAGACAUUGACUUGCACUUGGGAGAUAUUUUAACUGUGAAUAAAGGUACUUUAGUUGCCCUUGGAUUCAGUGAUGGGGAAGAAGCAAAACCUGAGGAAAUUGGUUGGUUGAAUGGUUAUAACGAAACUACUGGAGAAAGAGGGGACUUCCCAGGAACUUAUGUAGAAUAUAUUGGAAGAAAAAAACUUUCUCCCCCAACUCCAAAGCCUCGUCCUGUUCGACCUCUUCCUGUGGCACCAAGUCCUGCAAGAAUAGGAACAGACAAUGAUCAACCAGCGUUCACACUUCCAGAUCUUUCAGAGCAGUUUUCGCCACCUGAAAUUGCCCCUCCCCUCCUUGCCAAGUUAGUGGAAGUCAUUGAAAGAAAAGGUCUGGAAUGUUCAACGUUGUAUAGGUCACAAGGGUCAAGCAGCACUGGUGAAUUAAGACAAAUUAUUGAGUGUGAUAUUUCUACAGUGGAUUUUGAUGCCAUUGAUCUGCAGAUUUUAUCAGAUGCUUUGAAGAGGUACUUUCUCGAUUUGCCAAAUCCAGUCAUUCCAGCAUCUGUUUACAAUGAAAUGCUUUCUAUAGCACAAGAAGUCCAGAACUCAGAGGAAUAUGCUCAAGUGCUGAAGAGGCUCAUCAGAUCACCUAAUAUACCUCAACAGAAUUGGCUCACACUCCAAUAUCUUCUCAAACAUUUCUCCAGACUAUGUCAGACCUCUGCCAAAAAUCUUUUGAAUGCAAGAUCCCUAGCUGAAAUUUUCAGCCUUCUGCUGUUCAGGACCCCAGUAGCAAGCUCUGACAGUACUGAAUACCACAUAAAAAUCCUGGAAGUGUUAAUUACAAGUGAAUGGAAUGAGAGACAACCUGCACCAGCACUGCCUCCUAAACCUCCAAAGCCUAAUACUGUAACAAAUAACGGUAUGAAUAACAACAUGUCUCUGCAAGAUGCUGAAUGGUACUGGGGAGAUAUCUCAAGGGAAGAAGUCAAUGAGAAGCUUCGUGACACUGCUGAUGGUACAUUCCUGGUACGAGAUGCCUCCACCAAAAUGCAUGGGGACUAUACACUUACACUAAGGAAGGGAGGAAAUAAUAAAUUAAUCAAAAUAUUCCACCGAGAUGGGAAAUAUGGCUUUUCAGAUCCAUUAACGUUCAAUUCUGUGGUUGAACUAAUAAACCACUAUCGGAAUGAGUCUUUAGCUCAAUAUAAUCCAAAACUGGAUGUUAAGUUGCUCUACCCAGUAUCCAAGUAUCAACAGGAUCAAGUGGUUAAAGAGGAUAGCAUUGAAGCAGUUGGAAAGAAAUUACAUGAAUAUAAUAUCCAGUUCCAAGAGAAGAAUAGAGAGUAUGACAGGCUCUAUGAAGACUACACAAGAACAUCUCAGGAAAUUCAAAUGAAAAGAACUGCUAUUGAAGCAUUUAAUGAAACCAUUAAAAUAUUUGAAGAACAGUGCCAAACGCAGGAAAGAUACAGCAAAGAAUAUAUCGAAAAAUUUAAACGGGAAGGAAAUGAGAAAGAAAUACAAAGAAUUAUGCACAACUAUGAAAAACUCAAAUCUCGAAUCAGUGAAAUUGUGGACAGUCGGCAUAGACUAGAAGAGGAUUUAAAGAAGCAAGCUGCUGAAUACAGGGAAAUUGACAAACGCAUGAACAGCAUUAAACCAGAUCUCAUACAGCUCAGAAAGACUAGAGACCAGUACUUGAUGUGGCUGACUCAGAAGGGUGUACGGCAAAAGAAAUUGAACGAGUGGCUUGGCAAUGAAAACACAGAAGACCAAUACUCUAUGGUGGAAGAUGACGAGGAUUUGCCUCAUCAUGAUGAGCGAACAUGGAAUGUGGGAAAUAUCAACAGAAGCCAAGCUGAAAAUUUACUACGUGGAAAGCGGGAUGGAACAUUCCUUGUUCGGGAAAGUAGCAAACAGGGUUGCUAUGCCUGCUCUGUCGUUGUGGAUGGUGAAGUGAAGCACUGUGUCAUCAACAAAACGCCUACUGGGUAUGGAUUUGCAGAGCCAUAUAAUUUGUACAACUCGCUGAAAGAACUGGUGCUACAUUAUCAACACACAUCGCUAGUGCAGCACAAUGACUCUCUCAAUGUCACACUAGCCUAUCCAGUAUAUGCGCAGCAGAGGCGAUGAAGAUGUUAAUACUUUGGGUUUUGUCUCUUUUUAUGAAACACCCACAAAGAUAAUUCAACAAUCCUGAGGCCUCUGGGUAGAGAAGGCUCUUGAGUUGGAGCUAAGGCGUCAAAGCCAUCUGUCUUGAGAUGGGACUGAAGCUUUCUUCACAACCGCAGUGGGAGAGAUCGCAGUUGGAGAGCUGUGAACACACAUUUCUAAUCUAAAGUGCUUUUUUAAUUAAAAAAAAAACCUAAGCUAAGGAAAAAAGAAAUCACAACAAGAGAGAAGUGCUACACCUGUCUCCCUGCAGGGACAUAGAGGCCUUUAACCAUGGUGCUUGUUGACCAUCCCCUUGAAGCUUUAAGAGCUUCGAAUGUUGGAACUCUGAAGACCGCAAAGUUGCAGCAGGGGCUGUGGAAAUGGCAGCAGAAUUUCUCAGUCAUGACUUGGGUGAUGCAGCCGUGUGCAGUGGAUGCAGACGCCCAGCAUUGUGGAUUGCUGGUUUUCUGGUGAAUGAUAUGUAGCAGAAUGGCACUUUCGUUUUGAAGGGACACUUUAAAAGACUUGACGUUGUGUUCAUCAGAGGAAUGGACACGGUAACAGAAGUGCCAGGAAGUGUUUUUGUUUAGACAUUUAAAAUCCUGAUUUAAGAAGAUAUUUAAGACUGAAAAAACUGGACUUUUAUGGCAUACAGUAUAAUAUGUACAUAGUUCUGGAUGACUAACUAUCAUAGAUAGAUACUGUCAGUACCAAACUCAUUCUGUUCAUUAUUUGUUUUUCCAAAGCUGAAUCCUUACACUGCUAUGCAAUACUUCAUUUUCUAUAGAGUGUAUUUGUCUCAAGUGUAACUAGAGGAUAAGCUUUUUUCUAUUUUUUUCCUUUUUGUCAUCUCAAAAUGUUCACUUAAUUCAUAUUUUGUGCUGUUUUUCAUUUUGUUCAUUCUCUCCCCCUCCCCUUUUUUAUUUUAAAAGGAAAUGUACAGGACAUCAGUAAAAGUUGGCUUCAGAAUUAAAACUAUGAACUAUUUUACCAGGGUCUUUCCCCUUUGUGUAGAUUAUUGGGCUGCUAGCUCAAGGUUAAAAUUCAAGAUUUCCUUUUCAACUAAAUAUUUUGUUGGGCAGUGCCUGAUAAGCUUCAAAACUGCUUUAUUCAAUAAAAAUAUAUGAACAUUGCAAAGUAUCACUGAGUCUAGCAAUAUUGUUUGAAAAAUAUCUUCCGAUUAUGGUAUCCCAGUACAUUUGAUUCAGUUUUAGAUUUCUGUCCUGGUUGUGCUUGUAUUUAGGAGAUGUUUCCAUCUUAUUUUGAAUGCUGCAGAUAAAGAGAUGGGAAAUAUUGACUACUAGAGUAGUUAAAUCAAAUUUAAUACUUCAAACUUAGUCAUGUGAAUUUUUUACCAACAGUUCUAGACACUGCAUCAAGAUACCUUUCAUAUCACGUGGGAGACUAUUUUUGGUUGGGUUUUGUUCGUUUUUACGUCUGUGCAUAUGGCUUCUAUUUUUCAUAUUGUUCUGAAUAGCAGAAUAAGAAUAAUUUUAGGAAGUCCUGUUUCUGUGACAUCUAUUUCCCACAAUUAAUCUUUUGUUACUUUUAUAUCUAUUAAGUGAAAAACAAAGGUUGUCAUCUGAAAGGGCAAACAAAUAAAAUACCAAUGGAGUAAAAGUAAUGAAAGAAGCAUAAAACCUCAGUGUUAGUAUUGCACCAAAUUCUGCAUUUCUUGAACAACACAAUAAAAAUCAUGCUUGCAUUUUAUGUUUUACAGAUUAGUGUUAAGGAACUCUGGAAGAUCUUUUUUUAGUGAAUAAGCAAACAGAAAAUAGAUUUGUGGAGCUCUUUAUGUUUUUGACCCUUUAGGCAAUCUAUGCUUCUUAAAAUGAGGCAUUAAGGACUACUUGUAGAUAUAUUUUUAUCGUUCAGUAACAUUAUGAAUAAAUUAGUUUGGUUCCCUGUUUUUAUUUACCGGUAUCUUUUAUAUCUGAUGGUGUGUGAGAAGUUUGUUUAUAACUUGUUGACUUUGCUUUCCUGGGGAAUGUAGUUUAUUUCAGCAUACUUCAGGACUGAGUUCGAACCCUCUUUGCAUGCUAGUGGGGAGCUUUAAGAUAGGCUUCAGUAGGAGUUAGGGUUGCAACUGCAGGCUGAAAACUUUAAUCCUCUUGCACUGGACUAGUCUUACUAGAGUCAAUGAAACUAUUCCAGGCCUACCCAGGAGGAAGUGGACUGAGAAUUUCAUUUCACCUCUUGGAGCAAAGACCAACUCAAACACCAGUUUAAUCCAUUCGUUUCUUCUUCCCCACUAGACUUCUCCAGAGUAGAAAAAACAUGCACAUUGCUCUGAUUAUUGUUCUUGAAGGGCAAAUUUUGACAGGUCACUGAAUAGCAAAUAAAUUACAAUUGUAAUAUGACCAAAAUGCACUUUGAUAGAGAGGUGAAUGUGCAUCACUGGGCACCCACACCUGUCUUAUUGUCAAACAGACAGUUAACACUGUCAGUUCUGAUCACUUCUUUAGAGGGAAAAUGAAAGUGAAUGUAGGUCCCUUUGGAGAGAGAAAGAUGGGGCCAGGAUUCAGUCCUCCCACCCCCAGCUGACCAGCACUGUUCAAUUUUGACAGUAUUGAUCAUUUGUUUGGUGCUGUGCACCAUUGCCAAUCUUGUAUUGGGAACCACAUUUGCAGCCUCUACAGCUGUGUUGGAUGCAGUGGUUGAGCUUUGGGAACUCCAUGCACAACCCCCUUUUUAGUGUGUGGUUUCCUAUCCAGCGGUGUACAAAAACCUACUUCUGUGCAUGUAUCUUCCUCUCUGGUUCUGGAUGUAGAGAGAUAAAACCAAAACUCUUGAGCUACAACAAUAACUUAACAGGGCUUCUGGAAUAUGAACUGCCAUGUUUAUAUCAUGAAUACAGCUACUACAGACAAAACAAGUUAUGGGUUCCUUAACUUGAGGCUUAGGUUCGUGAUCUCUGGUGUACUUCUAUAUAUAAAUAUAUAUCUGUGUGU